AUGAAACUUCUUCUUUAUUUACUUUCUCUUUUUGUUCUCACGAUCGCAACAACAUCGGCCUCAUCAAAGAUUAAUGUUAGAGCAUUAGGAGAACCUGAACCAUACCCUGAGGAUACUCUACCAGGAGCAUUAGCAUCCAUGCCGAUCGAUGGAGCUGUUACAAUUUACUUUGAUCCGUAUGGUGUUGAUUAUUGGAAUAAUGAGACAAAUGUUUGUCUUAGUUGGAUUAUUGGACUUCCAAAAAACAAUUCAACUGAUAAUCAAUGUAAUUUUGAUGAAUCUAAUGAAUGUUUGAAGACUUUGACCUCUAAUCCUUGCCAACAAGCUGUCCAAGCGCCUUCAGAUAAAUGUAAAAAUCAACUUCAGUUAAUUUCAGGUUUUGCUAGAAUCAAUUCAUAUUAUCCAUCAGUGACUCCACUUUCUUCAUUUAACACUACAUUAAGUAUUCAAGGAUUUUGGGAGGACAAAUCUAUCAUGAUGGCAUAUUCAAGUAAAAAAAAAGAUUCUCAAGUGAACCAACGUACUUUGACAUGCGGAAAUCUUCGUUUAGGACAUGGUUCUAUCGGUGAUUUUAAGUUUGAUGAUGAACAACCUGCGGAAAGUAGUGCUCAUUUAAAAACUACUCGGACUUUGUACUUUGUCUACGCUUUGUUCAUAAUACUCUUCCUCUUUUAG